AUGGCUGCUUCAGUACGUCCCGAAGCUCGUGCAGGGUCUGGUUUAGCUCCGGACUGCGCAAAAUCAUCGCCCCGACGGCGUUUUGAAUCCCGCGCAGUUUCGAAGCUCGAUUGGAGCAAGGUCGGCACCCAACUCGGCCUCCGAGGCAGCACUGCGACGGCGCUGGCCAACUUUAAGAAGCGAAACGACGACGCCCGACGCCGCGUGCAGGUCCUUUCCGAGCAGCCCACGACGGUCGAUUUUGCCUACUACCGCAGCGUGCUCAAGAACACGGCCGUUAUCGACGAGAUCGAGCAGUACUACAAGUCGUUCCAGCCCAAGACGUACGACGUCAGCAAGCAGAUCAAGGCGAUUGAGAGCUUCGAGCAGGUCGCCAUCAAGAAUGCCGAGGAGACGAAGUCCAAAGUCGAGGUCGAGCUGAAGAGCUUGGAGAAGGCCUUGAACGACAUCGAGGGCGCGAGACCGUGGGAGGAACUCACCGUCGACGAGAUCACCGCCGCCGCUCCCGAGAUCGACGAGUACACUGCCCGCUUGGUCAAGAAGGGACGAUGGAUGCCUCCUGGAUACUUGGUACGUCCGCUGAUGCGCCUUACACCUCCCCGAAUCAAGAUCGGAAUCGGUGCAGGGGUCGACGCCGAUCCCCCGUGCGAAAAUGAGAGAUUCCCGAACUUGUCGGUGCUGUAA